AUGACAGUCGAAGCAAUGCUACUUCGAGUGAUUGUAUGUGCGUUGGUGUGCUUUUUGCCAGUCGACGCAAAGAGCCAAGAUUCAGAUUCACGCUAUGACUUUGUUAUCAUCGGGGGAGGAACCAGUGGGUUGGUUGUCGCCAACAGGCUCUCGGAGAUGAAAGAUGUCACCGUGGUGGUCAUUGAGGCGGGGGAUUCUGUCUUGAAUAACCACAACGUCUCGACAACCACGGGAUAUGGCCUCAGCUUUGGGACGGCGAUCGACUGGGCGUACCAGACCGAGGAGCAAAUAUACGGAGGAGGGUCAAAGCAGACCAUGCGUGCUGGCAAGGCCAUCGGUGGCACCAGCACGAUCAACGGCAUGUCGUACACGCGAGCGCAGAAGGUGCAAAUUGAUGCUUGGGAAAGGGCGGGAAGCAAAGGAUGGAACUGGAACAAUCUCUUCCCCUACUACCUCAAAUCAGAGCAAUUUCAAGUUCCCACCGCAGAUCAGGCCGCGCGUGGUGCUGACUACUACAAGAGCUAUCAUGGUGAACAAGGACCGUUGAAGGUCGGGUGGCCAAAAGCGAUGACCAACAGCAGUAUGCUCCCUAUCCUUGAUGAAACAUUCCAGCAACUAGGAGUGUCUUAUAACAGAGAUGUCAAUGGAGGCAGUAUGGUUGGGCUCACUGUCCACCCUGACACGCUUGACAGAGAGGCCAAUGUUCGUCAUGACGCCGCGAGGGCGUAUUUUUGGCCCUAUGAAAACCGCUCCAACCUCAAGAUCAUUUCCAACACCUAUGCCAAUCGGAUUCUUUGGAAGGACGACGCGGACGGAGAUGCCGUGGCGAUCGGGGUCGAGGUUACUGGAGCUAACGGGGUGGAAACCAUCUAUGCCUCGAAGGAAGUCAUUGUGUCGGCGGGCUCAUUGAAAUCACCUAUGAUUUUGGAGCUUUCGGGUAUCGGGAACCCGGAUGUAUUGACCAAAUAUGACAUUCUGCCGAAGGUCAAUAUCUCUUCGGUCGGCGAAAAUCUGCAGGAUCAGACGAAUAACGGGUUGUCUUAUGAAGGCAGGGAAUUUUGGCUUGGUCUUCCAACCUUCUCUGUUCUCCCGCACGCAGAACAGAUAUAUGGGGAUCAGCUGUCAGAGUUCUCAUCCAAGGUAAUGGACAAUCUGGGGGAAUAUGCGAAGAACGUUUCUAUCUCCUCGAAGGGCGCAGUCCAGGAAUCGAAUGUACUGGAUGCCUUUCAAAUGCAGUAUGACCUGGUCUUCAAAUCGCAUGUUCCAUUCGCGGAGAUCGUUCUCAUCCCUAUUGGACAUUCAUUCUCCAGUGAAUACUGGCCACUGCUACCCUUUUCAAGGGGCAGCGUCCAUAUCAAGUCCUCCGAUCCGUCACAAUCACCCGCGAUCAACCCGAGUUACUUCAUGUUUCAGCCAGAUCUGGAAGCACAAGUCGACGUCGCUCAGUUUAUCCGGAAAGCAUUCACGACUGCGCCGCUCAAUCACCUGAUUGGGGAAGAAUUCUCCCCGGGCGUUGAGCAUGUCCCAGAGGACGCAUCCGACACGACAUGGGAAAGUUGGAUCAAGUCACACUAUCGAUCAAACUUCCAUCCGGUCGGCACGGCGAGCAUGCUUCCGCGGGACAAAGGUGGUGUCGUUGGCCCUGAUCUGAAGGUUUACGGCACCAAGAAUGUUCGAGUCGUGGACGCUUCAAUCGUCCCAUUUCAGAUUUGUGGUCACUUGACCAGUACUCUCUAUGCUGUCGCUGAGAGAGCGUCCGACCUGAUCAAGAGGAGAUAUAUAUUUUAG